UCACACACACACGCGCGCGCACACACACACACUCCUGCGAGAGAGAAGAAGCCGCGCGCACACGCUCCGCGUUCAGUUGCAGCCGCCGGUCACACGCAGGUACACAGGAUACUGAGGUCGGGGCGAGUGACUGAGAGAGAAAGGACGCGACUGAGAACAGCCACCGGUUGCUCAUAGGCACGCAGGCGCUCGAGGAGGAGGAGGUCACGGACAGCCUGCCUUAUGUGUGGCUCCUCUCACGGCUUCGCAGCCUCCUCUCAGUGCACGACGGCCAUGCCAGCCUCAGAGAGGUCACCGCGGAGCGUGGGGGUCACCGCCGCGGCGGUGACGCCGGACGCCCACGGGGCGGAAGUGUCGGCGUGGAGCGAGGCCGACUUUGAGGAGAGGUGCACGUACAUAGUGAAGGACCAGCCUCUGGAAGAAGAGGACAAGAAGCGGGGGACGACGAGAGCCGAGAGGUCCCUGCCCAGAAACCUGGCCCUGAAACGCUGCCCCGAGUCAGGGGAGGUGCGCGGCGUCACCAGCAGGGAGCUCAUUCCCAUGGGGACGCGGUUCGGCCCCUUCGUGGGGGAAAGCUACACCAGCGAAGCGCUGCCCGAAGACACUAACAGGAAGUACUUCUGGAGGGUCUUCUCGGAGGGACGCCUGCACCACAUCCUGGACGGCCUCAACGAGGACCGGAGCAACUGGAUGCGCUACGUCAACCCGGCCCUCGCCGUGGAGAAGCAGAACCUGGUGGCGUGCCAGAGCGGCCUGGACGUCUACUUCUACACCAUCCAGCCGCUCCAGCCGGGCCAGGAGCUCCUGGUGUGGUACUGCUCCGAGUUCGCGAGGCGCUGCGGCUACCCCCCGCUAGGCCAGCUGGAACAGAGUCAAGCUCAGAAGAAGACAAGUAAACGAGGUCACAGUGUGUCAGAAAUCCUCCGAGUUGAGCCUUCCAGGUCUCCGUCCAUCUGCUCCAGGCAUCGAGACGAUGCAUCGCCUCAGACCAGCCUCGCAGGGGUUUUACCCUCGUGUCCUCGCCUGCUCUACCCAAUCCAGCCUCCCUCAGACCACAGCUUUGCACCCCUGCCGUCCCGUGGACCCCCCGCUGCCAGGCACCCGGACCUGAGCAGCCCUGUCCCCUCUUUGCCCUUCAGCUUCCAGCACAGUCAAGGGCCUCUUGUAGCAAAGUCCUACCAGGAGCUGUGUGCAGCCAGUCAGGUCCAUCCUGCUCUGAAGCAAGCUCCCUACUAUCUGCCUCUCUACUCACUGGGCUUUAACAGUGUUCUACCUCACUCAUACCCGCUCAUUGGGGAGCGGCUGAAACCUCACCUCACGCUCUCGCCGCAUUUGCUGCCUUUUGAUGGCUUUCCUAGCCUCCUCCAUCCUCUGCCCAGUGAACACAAAGACUUCACACUUGCACUAUCUGACACCAAACCAGACCUCGUUUUUCCUCCAACCUCCGAGCGCAAUAACAACAACGACCUCAAAUCGAGAAAGACAGACUACCUCAGGACACUGUCGGACGACCUCAGAGAUUCCAAACGCUCCCCAUCAAGUUACAUCCACACCGACCUUAACACAUCCGCCACAGCCAGCGCUUCGUCGCUGGUCCCCUCACACCGUGAAUCGCUGCCCUCUCUCUCACCCAGAGCUGGAUCACCACCAGUGGGCACCGCUGCCUCCUCGGACUGCCUCCCUUCCAAACCCACUCCAGCCACCCAAAGCCAGACCUUGAACCCAGUGGACCUAAGGAGACCCAAACAAGGCGAGCAGACGGCCGGCUACAAGACACUGUCUUACCCUCUCACCAGGCAGAAUGGAAAAAUUCGGUAUGAGUGCAACAUCUGCGGGAAGGUCUUUGGGCAACUGUCAAACCUCAAGGUGCAUCUGAGAGUUCACAGUGGAGAGAGGCCAUUCAGGUGCCAAACCUGCAACAAGAACUUCACUCAGCUGGCCCACCUGCAGAAACACUACCUAGUUCACACAGGGGAGAAGCCACAUGAAUGCAAGGUUUGCCAUAAGCGAUUUAGUAGCACCAGUAACCUGAAGACCCACCAGCGGCUACACUCGGGCGAGAGGCCGUACCAAUGCAAGACCUGCCCGGCCCGCUUCACCCAAUUCGUCCACCUCAAGCUCCACAAGCGCCUGCACUCCGGGGAGCGACCCCACCAGUGCCCCCACUGCCCAUGCGCCUACCUGCACUACUGCAGCCUCCAGGUGCACCUCCAGGGCUUCUGCCCGCUCUCCCCCUCGGCCCCCCACGCGCACCCCGCCGAGGAGCUGCAGCGGGCCAACGCCGAGAUCCAGCGGUUCGACGCCAGCGAGGCCGCGGGGCACUUCGAGACGUUGGCCGCCGAGGCCGAGAUGGGCAACAUGAAAGUGUCCGAUCUGAUACGCAAGAUGGAGGCUCGGCGCGACGGCGACAGAAGGGAGGCCGAGCUCAGCGUGUACAAAUCGGCGAAGCGGCGCUCAGAUGUCCGACUGCAUCAGCACAGCCCUCUACCUCUGCAUUCAGCCAUCAUCAAGCUGGAAUCAGGCUGCAUAUCACAGCCCUAAGACACCCUAACUAAUCCAGCCAUAUAAUCCUUACAGGUCAACUCAGCAGCUGUCUGUCGGAAAUAAAGCCUUAUGUCGAUCACGGGCGGCCUAGCGCACAUACUCUACAGAGACUAGAGUGAGUAGCAUGUGAAUAAUAUAAAUACCAGCAAGGCCUGGGACCAGUGAUCUAAUCAAUAUAUUUCUGUUAAUUUAUUCUGGUAUAUUAUUAUUAUUAUUAUUAUUAUUAUAACAUGUAUGAAACACAUUUUCUGCCUUUUGUUUUGUAUCUAGAACGGAACAAAUACUAUGCAAACAAACCCACUGUGUUUAAUUUUGCUGUCUUCCUGUUUGUGCGCGUAUUUACGCUCCUCGAUUAAAGUGAAAAUGACGUUACA